UCUCUCCGCUCCACUGAAAUAUUAUUAUUCCCAAACUAAAUAACACAAUAUGAUAAUGAGAAGCGCUUCAUCACUCGACCUUAACAUACGCGCCGCCCAGAAACCGUCUGUUCCACCACGGGUGGUCAUUACGACGGCUCGAUCCGUCUCUGCUUCUCCUCUUGGUGCUAAAUCUAUUACCAGAGCUUCUUCGGAUGGAAAUCUCUACAAGAUUCAGUCGCCGCCGGAGACCAGAACUAAAACCGAAGAAACUGCAUCGUAUAAGGUUUUGGAAGGAUCUCGGUUCCCUCAGGGAGGUUCUAACGGUGGAUUUGGUGGUCGAGGCAGAGACGGUGCCGGAGGUGACAGCGGCGGAGGUGGGAGUGUAGAUGGUUAUUAUGAAGACAUGAUCCAACGUUAUCCCGGAGACACUCUUCUUCUCUCUAACUACGCUCGUUUCCUCAAAGAGGUGAAAGGUGAUGGGAGGAAAGCAGAGGAGUACUGUGAGAGAGCAAUGUUGUCCGAGAAUGGAAGAGAUGGAGAGUUGCUGUCUAUGUAUGGAGAUUUGAUAUGGCAAAAUCAUGGAGAUGGUGUUCGUGCUCAUUCUUACUUUGAUCAGGCUGUUCAAUCUUCUCCUAAUGACUGUCAUGUUCUUGCAUCGUAUGCUCGGUUUCUAUGGGAUGCUGAAGAAGAAGACGAGGAAGAAGAGGCAGAGGAAGCAAGUAGUAAACAUGAGCUUGGUUUCUCUACCUAUAACCCAUCUGUAUCAGUUGUGUCUUGACUCUUUGUGCUGAUGCUAAACCGGUGUAAUACAAUUAAAAAAAAAAAAACUCAAAAGUCCGGUUUAAUCAUGAAAAUAUCUUCUGCAUUUUGAAGUAGAUUGAUGCUAAUGAAUAAGGAAUAGACGAACUAAAGUACCAAAAGUCCAAAGCUGAAUUAUUGUGGCAAAUUGUGAGAUUCCAAAGAUGAUAAAAGUGGUUUUGUAUCCUUA